AAGCGGCCACCAGGUACCACACGGACUCCGCGUCGCGUUCGUGCGUGAAGAGUUCGAGAAGUUUGGCGAAACGAGAGUUCGUCGCGGAAGAGUGGCGGAUUUGAACGCAGCGCAGCUUCCGCGUCUACGUGUGCUAAGCAUCGUUUGCCAAAACGUGUUGAAUCGUGACUGUGGCGUGAUUCAGUUCUCUGCACAGGGAAGAGUUCAGAUUUCAGUGAAUAUAGUUCAGGGAGGAGAAGUGUUUCGACGGUAGUUUAUUGUUUAUCGAUUUCAUAAUCGCGUGUGCAAGCUCGGGAAGAUCGUCGUGACGUAUUAAGUCGAUUCGCGUGUGUUUGAACCGGAUUGAACGUGGAAACAAGCGCACACGUCUGGGCGUCUAGAACUGGUCCCAGUGUAUAGCUUGGGUUGAUUUUGCUUUCUCUCCCCGUUUGUUGCUGGGUUCAAGCACGAAGGAGUCAGAAGCAAACAUUUAUUGAAGCACUGGUUUUUUGCGUUUUGCCGCCAAAUUGUGAAGAUAACAUGAGUGAGUGAAAUUUGCUCAGCGAAACAAAAAAUAAGCGUCACAUUUUGAUGAAACUGCGUCGUGCGUUAAUGAAACCGAAGAAAGUAAGCAACGGUGCAACAGUAAGAGUUUUUUCGUAACAACAGCACCACCCUAUACUAAAAUCGCUUCGAAGGUUUGUGACUCGCCCUUUGUACAGUUCAAGUACCAGUAGUCUAAUUCCAGUAGUAAUUUUGCACACAAACACCCUCAAACUACUAAGGCGGUUUCUGGAGAUCCUAAGACAUGAAACGAAGUUCACUGAAGAGUGCUCGGAAGAACUUUUUCAAAUCGAUGUCCGACCUGGCAUCCGACACGGGCAGCCCGGGAGGAACGAUGAUCGGACCACCUACGCCCCCGACCCGUGGCCUGUUUGGAUCGUCGAAUGCAUCAUCCUCGUCAUCGCUGGCCUCGGCGGGAACGGCAUCGACGGCGAUGACCAGCUCGGCCGCACAGGAGCUCCUCAACAGCAGCACCAGUUCCAGCAGCAAAGUGUCCUCUACCAGCUCCACAUCUACCACGUCUCGUAUGGCCAAAACGUCCUCCACGCAGCGCCUCAUGUCGUCAUCCCUCACCGCCUCGUCGUCCUUGUCCUCGUCCUCCUCAAAACAGUCCUCUUCCAGCUCGUCCAGUUCGGCGGCCGCCAUCAAGCAGGGCCUCGGUGAAAUGCAAAACUCAAUGGCCGAAAUGAAAAACAUGAUGGGUCACUCGACUGCCAGCAGCCAGGUGUCCACGUCCUCCUCCUCGACGAUGUCCGCGUCCUCUUCGUCGAGCCAAAUCAAGAAGCAGCACAUCACCGGAAGCUCGUCCAAUCUGACCGAACUUCAAAAGAGGCUUCGCUCCUCGAUGGACAGCUUGGACGACCCCAACCCGGACUACCAGGUGACUCACCCGGAUUCGGACGGCGAGAUGGGUGGCUCGGUCAUAAUGAUGAAGCCCCCAAAUGGGAUGGUCGUGUCGCAGAACGGCACCAUGAUGAACGGAGGAGGAUCGUCGGUCGUUUCCACCGGGGACACGGUCAAAUUCGAGCAGAAGCAGACCACGUCGGAAUCAAAGACCAAAGUGGUCACCGAUGGGUUCAGCAGCGAGCAGGCAACCGUCAAUUCGGCCUCCAGUAAGAUGCUGCAGGCUGGGGACGUCGAGUAUAAGGAGCAGACGGGCCUGGCCGCGAUGAGCAACACGCUGGAGGUGGAUGGGGUUAAAACGGAGGAGAAAGGUGCCCUGUUGAAGGAAGCACGAUCCCUGAAGAUGGGCGACUUCCAGCAGGCCGAAGCGAAUAACAUUGCGGCGCACAGCGUCAAGGUGUCGAGUGACCACUUCAGUGCGGAGAAGAAAGCCAUCAGCCAGGCCCAGCAGCGGCAGACCGUUACAGCGAGCGGAGUGUUCAACCAGGAGAAGACCGUUUCGUCGGCCACGCAGAGCAAGUUUUCAUCGCACAGCAUGGUCAGCUCGUCUUCGCAGAUGAGCACGCACUCGUCCUCGAUGAACGGAACGAUGACGAUGGGUGAGGACUUUCCGUCGUUUGAGGAUCUGGAGCGGAUUAGUGGCAAUCCGGCGGAGAUCGAGAACGCGAUCCACAAGUACUCGUCGCACAUGACCAAGUACGUGGAGAAUCUGCACAACGGAGAGCAGCUGAAGAAGGCGCCGAAUCUGCUGAACACGAUGAACGAAAUCAUUCGGCGUGCUUGGGCUGUUCCGACUCAUGGCCAUGAGUUGGGAGCUAGCCUGUGCGACACGCUGCGAACGACGGGCGGGUUGGACAUCUUGAUGAAGAACUGUGUAGACUCUGAUUCGGACGUUCAGUUUAGUUCGGCGCGGCUGCUCGAGCAGUGUUUGACCACGGAGAAUCGCUCGCACGUGGUGAAGAACGGAUUGGAUAAGGUGGUGAAUGUGGCCUGUGUUUGCACGCGGAACAACGCCACGGAUCACUCCCGCGUUGGAACAGGGAUCUUGGAGCAUUUGUUCAAGCACAGUGAAGACACCUGUUCGAACGUGAUUCGUCUGGGUGGUUUGGAUGCUGUGCUGUUCGAGUGUCGAAAGAACGACGUUGAAACACUCAGACAUUGCGCCGGAGCACUCGCCAAUCUGUCCCUGUACGGCGGGGCUGAAAAUCAGGAAGCUAUGAUCAACCGGAAGGUUCCGUCCUGGUUAUUCCCGCUCGCCUUUCACCACGACGAAAACAUCAAAUACUACGCUUGCCUGGCGAUCGUAGUCCUCGUAGCCAACAAGGAAAUCGAAGCCGAAGUCAUCAAGUCCGGCACGCUGAACCUCGUCGAACCCUUCGUAACGUCCCACAACCCGUCCGAGUUUGCCAAAAGCAACCUAGCGCACGCCCACGGCCAAAGCAAGCACUGGCUCGAGAGACUGGUGCCCGUACUAAGUUCGAAACGUGAAGAAGCUCGCAACCUGGCCGCAUUCCACUUCUGCAUGGAGGCCGGCAUCAAAAAGGAGCAAGGCAACACCAACAUCUUCAAGGAAAUCGGCGCCAUCGAACCCCUGAUCCGUGUCGCCAGCUCCCCCAACGCCAUCGCCUCCAAGUUCGCAGCCCAAGCCCUCCGACUCAUCGGCGAAGAAGUCCCGCACAAACUGUCCCAGCAGGUCCCACUCUGGAACACCGAAGAUGUCCGCGAGUGGGUCAAACAAAUCGGCUUCACCGAGUACGAGCAGAGCUUCUUCGACUCCAAAGUCGACGGCGACCUGCUGCUCCAGCUGACCGAGGAAAACCUCCACAACGACAUCGGAAUGACCAACGGCAUCCGCCGCAAGCGCUUCGAGCGCGAACUCCAAAACCUCAAACGCAUGGCCGAUUACAGCUCGCGUGACUCGGACGGCAUGCACACCUUCCUGUACCGGAUCGCACCCGAGUACACCAUCUACACGUACGCCAUGCUGAACGCCGGCGUCGAGCUCGAGUCCAUCAAGGACCUUGACGACGACCAGCUGAUCGCCGAGUGCAACAUCAAAAACUCCAUCCACCGAUCCCGCAUCCUGAACGCCAUCAAGAGCAAUGAAAUCAUCUCCACCACCUCAGAAAAAAGCACCGAAAAGAACCUGGACGUGUUCGUGAGCUACCGCCGCAGCAACGGCUCCCAGCUCGCGUCCCUCCUCAAGGUGCACCUCGAGUUGCGGGGCUUCUCCGUCUUCAUCGACGUGGAGCGGCUCGAGGCGGGCAAGUUCGACAACAAUCUGCUGCAGAGCAUCCGGCACGCGAAGCACUUCCUGCUGGUGCUGACCCAGGACGCGCUCGAUCGGUGCAUCGAGGACGGCGAGGGAAAGGAUUGGGUGCACAGGGAAAUCGUCGCCGCCCUUAACUCGGACUGCAACAUCAUCCCGAUCAUCGACAACUUCCAAUGGCCCGAGCCGGAACGCCUGCCGGAGGACAUGCGCGGCGUUUGCCACUUUAACGGAGUCCGGUGGAUACACGACUACCAAGAUGCGUGCGUGGACAAAUUAGAAAGGUUCAUGCGCGCCGAAACCAACCAGCGUGGCAGCCCGAUGGACCACUUCCGCAACCUGCUGAACCGGCCGGCCGGCGACUCGACGCCAACCACGCCCACCAUCUACCAGCGGAUGCACAGCAACGAUUCCGGCAAGAGCAGCGACAAGGAGAACCGUAACUACGAAUGACUAGAGGGGCUCCCGUCGGGCGGUUGUUCUUCC